UCAAACACACCCACACACCCUCUCUCUCUCUUUCCCAUCCAUCCCUCCCUCCCCCCCUCUCUCCAAGCAGUUACCUACUGAUCAUGGGAGCAGCCUUCAAUGGAUUCUCCAUAAGGGAAUACACAAACAAGAUGAGGUCCGUUGAUGUCUUCAAGUGCUGGCCAUUCUCCACUUCCCCUAAUGUCACUGCCAAAGACCUUCACUCCUGGCUUCCUCCUAUGACUCCUUCUUCUUCUUCUACUUCUACUUCUACUUCUUGUUCUACUUCUUCUUCUUCUUCUUCUUCUUUCCAAUCCCUAAGAUCUACUUCUACCAACAACCACCAACAACAAUCGCUCCAAUCCGAUCAACAAUCUCCUCCACCUGCUUCUGCUACUCUUGCUGAUGAAGAGAGACUGGAGAUGGUCUGUCCAGUUUGCCGAGAAUUCAACGCUGCUACGCUAACGGCGGUUAACGCUCAUAUAGACUCUUGUCUUGCUCAGACUGUCAGAGACGACCGCCGUCACAUCAGGAUCACCACCGCAACCUCUACUGCCACCACCACCUCCUUCAAGUCCUCCUCCUCGUCUCACGCCAAGCCUAAGGCUCCGAAGAAGCGCUCCAUCGCUGAGAUUUUCAAGGUAAACGAACAAGGAAAGGAGCAGCAGCUGGAACAAGAGAACGACAAAGAAAAGGAGCUUGAGAAGGAACAGGAUAAGGAGAAGGAGAGGGACGAGGGGGAUGAAGAAGAGGAGCCGCGAAUUGAGAGUGUAUUGAAGCUCUGGAAGAAGGACGGAGUAGAACACGAGGACUCAGUCGUUGACGAUGUUUCGAUUACGGUUACCAAGUUCCAGUGGCUAUCGCAACGGCUCGAGGCGCUGAGAUCUGGUCGCCGAGGAGGCCAAUCGGCGAAAUCGGACGCAGGAGGAGCCUCUGGUACGCCGGCGGAGGCGAUUGACGACGACGACGAAGAAAAGUCGGAGAUGAUUUGUCCUGUUUGCCGCGAUUUCAACGCUGCUACCGUUACGGCUGUGAACGCGCACAUCGAUAACUGCCUCGCGCAGGCUGUGAGGGACGAGAGGCGGCAGAUGAGGAGGAGCGCCGGUGUUAGUGGUGGCGGCUUCAAGCACAAACCUAAGGCGCCGAAGAAGCGUUCGAUUGCUGAGAUUCUCACCGUGGCUCCUCCGAUCGGAGCUACCAAAAGCAAAGCAAUCGAAGUAGCAAAGGAUUAUGACGAAGAAGAUAAUGGAAAUGAAGAUAAUGAUAAAUCAUCUGAUUAUAGUGGUCUGAAUUCAGCUGGAGCAGCUGCAGCUGAUGCUGAUUGUGAUGGUAUUGUGGUUUCGACAACGAAAAACAAGAAGAGUACCACCACCAAGAGUAGGAAGAAAAAGAAGAAGAAGAAGACGAAGGAGGCGAAGAAGAAAAGCAAGGUGGUGGAGAAUCUCAACAGCGAGAAGACGAUAACUGUGAACAAGCAGCAGCAGAAGAAGAAGAAGAAAAAGAAGAGCUUCUUCAACAGCGAAGUGACGACUUCUUCAAAGAAGGAAGAUGCUUGUAAGCGUAAGGUGCAGAUGCCGGUAAAUAGUUUCAGACAACUGAAAGCUACAAUUGGAACUAAAAUGCUUGCACAUCACAACGUAGAUCCUUCUAUCCAUGAGAGAAAAUUGGAUUCAAAGAUCUCUUUUGUUGAAAAGGAGCAGAAAGUUAAAACCUAUGAACCGGAUGCAAAGCAACCAAAAUCAGUAUAUCCUUUUUGUGGCAUUCUUAAGAACCGUGUAAAACAACUUUCCGGAAAGGCAUCAAGUAGCAGCAGUACUCAAGAUGGUACUGAUGAGUACAGUUGUGAUGAUGAAUAUCCAACAUCAGACAGAUAUGUGAGAUUCACUUGUAAAGAUGACAUACUCGGUCCCAAAAGGAGGAAUUCAUUUGAAGAAACCAUGUUUAAUAAAUCAUCAGAUGUGCUGACUACUUCAUUAGUAAAGGAGCAGUCCUCUGGAAGUGAUAGAGAAACUUCAAGUUUGGGGGCAAACAGAAGUUAUGACUAUGCUGCCAUUAACAUAGACAACAGAAAGGAGUUUUGCCCUAUAGUUGAAAGUAAAGAGUUUGCUAAUACUCUGGAACAAGCUACUGCGCAAAAUUUCUUGAAGCCGUGUCCCAGUCAAAAGACAUCAACGCACCCAGAAGAGAAGUCUCAAACAUUAACCAAGGUGAUGCUUUGUGACGACAACAAUUUACAUCCGUUUGAUGGAGGCAACACAAGUACAUUGCAUUGUUCUCCAUAUGAUGAUAUUCCCAGUCCUCUUUCUACAGAUCAAGAAGUGAAGAUGUCUGGUACCAAUUCCCAAUUGUGUGAAUCUGGAUCUUUGAGCUCCAUUGGAAAGUUCAUUGACCAUUUGGAGGAUUCUACUUUUCGGGCUGUUCCUGUGAACUCAGAUGCUAAUACAAGGACAUUCCUAGAGCCUUCAUCAUCAUAUUCUUCUUCUUAUGAUAAAGGAAAUGAAAGACCAGAAUUUCCUUUGCAAACUUAUGAAGAUAAUGAUGAUAGUAGCCAGGCCUUUGGUGACAGACAGUUCUCUCAUAUGCUUGCUUCAGAUAUGAUUGAUAAUGCAUUCCUCUAUACAGCCUGGGGAAAGGGAAGUAUAAGAAAUAACUGUUUGGAUCCGAGCUUCUUUGGUUUGCCACUCAAUUCUCAUGGUGAGCUAGUCAAUUUCAGUUCAAGUGGGACAGUAGGGACAAACCAGCCGGAGACGUCAAGUACGUUACGUGGUUCUUUAGGUGGUCUACCAGUCAGUAGUACACUCCAUCAAGAUAACCAAGAAAAUUUGAGGAUUAAUGAGAGGCAGGUUGUUCAGAAGAUAUCUCCAAAAGAUGGGCUAAACUCAUUUCCACAUUAUCCGGCUAGGUUGGCUGUUACCGAGUUGCCAUGUGACAGAGAUAUCAACCCGACUGAUUCUGACAUGUGUUCCAGUUCUUUUGUCCAGCCACCUAACUCAGAGGUGAACGUUAUGAGCAACUUACCCAUUGAACAGAAUCAGUAUGGCCAGGUGCAGAGCCACAAGGGAGACGGGAUGGUUUCAGUGAAAGAGAGUUCAGAUCAUGUCACACUAAGUUCCAGCCAACCGACAAUGAGGUUGAUGGGUAAAGAUGUUCCAAUUGGUGGAAGCAGCAAAGCAAUGCAACAACUCUCUGGAGAUGUUUGGGCUGGUGAGGAAUCAGGAAGAAGGCACUCUUCUGAAUAUGGUGCUUCAGAAAAUUCCUUACUGGGAAAAUGUUCUAAGCAGGAUUUGGCAUUUGGCAGAUCAUCAUCAACUGACAACGUUGUGCAGUCCCCAAAAAUUCAAAGCAGUCAAGGAUUUCGAUGUACUGUAUUGAUGAAUGGUCAUGACACAGAAUUUUCUCUUCAAUUUGCUGAUCUGCAAAGGAACCAUGUAUCUCAAAAUGGAAGUCAUCCAGUCAGCAGAAAUGGCAUCUCUUAUUUCCACCCUAUUACUCAAGAACCUGCUUCAUGUGCUAUGUUUAAUGGCGCACCUGAUGACUUUCCAGAGCGAUUUAUGCCAGGAGCUAAACCUCAAGGACUCAGCUCUCAGUCACAGACAUCCAACAAUGAACAGGCCAAAUCAACAUCUUGGUCUCAGAGGCCUUACAGAAGUUUACCAUCGUGGUUGUCAGGCCCAACAGAUGAGAGGCUACCAGUCACCUUCUCUCACCAAUUUUCAGGCGUAAGUAAUCCAAGCUUUUCUCAAUGUAUUUGGGGAAACAAAUUUACUACACCAUCAGCAUCCUUGAAUCAUUCGGCUCAAGUUCUCUAUCCUUCUAAUCCUCUGACUUAUCCGAGUCCUAUGAAGACGAACCAUCUUAGUCCAGCAUCAAUUGCUCAACCUCCACAUGUUCCAAUUACAUCCUCUCCCUUAAACACUGGUUGUAGAAACAUGAAUAUGGUUGCAGACAGUGUGAAGUUGGAUCAUAACAUUGCCAAAGAAUAUCAUCCAUGCACAAACACCAGGAAGAGACCUGCACCAUCUGCUCUUGAUGAUUCCAGAAAACCAAUCAAGUUACCUAACAUAGAAGUGCAGGAGAACUCGAGUCGCAUGACAAACUCGGGUGCAGAAUUGCAAAGACACACAAGGGUGACAAAGCUCGAUCCACGAUUGGAUGGUGCAAGAGGUAGAUGUUGCCAGAAUGAAGCACAGAAGCUAAGUACCACAAGUUAUCCUGCCGUAGAUUCUUUUAAACUGGAUGGCACGGUAACAGGUCCUGUCAGACUGGGUCCUAGAGCUAAGCACAUCCUGAGAUCCUCUUAAAAAGAGUUAUCUCAAUUCUGCAUUUUUCUCACAUUUGCGAUUACUGACUGUGAUAGAGACCUAGAAAUUCAGACACAAACUGACAAAAGUAUACUUAUAUUAGGUGUUGCUCAAACAGGUGGAAAAUUGAUAUUUUGAUCACCAAAGAUGAUGCUUUCCUAUCUAUUUUUGAGUAAGGUACUCUCCACAUGGCAUCUGUUCAAUCACCUUUGAAGAUGUACUUUAGAUAGAACAAGGGAAUGGAUAUGAACAUAUAUAUAUAUACACUUAUGAAUAUUGAUGGCUAAACCAAAUCAAUAAAAACUUGAAUUUCAGGCUUUAUUUAUUCCUUAAUUAACCAUUGGAUGCGGCUAAAGCCACUCCAUAAAAUAACAGUAGUUUAAUUACAAUUAUAUUGUUAUCUUAAUUGAAGUUACAAAAAAUGUUCAAAUAAAAGAUCUCGUCUGGUGAAGAAAAAUAAAAUUCAAGUUUGAGUUGUGGAUUUAUCUCUUUAAUAAUAAUAAUAAUAAUAAUAAUAGUUGUUCUCUUUGUUUUCUUUAUCAAAACCCGAUAAUUAAAAUAAAUAAAAAGUUAAUAGUCAAGGUGGCUGGACCUUUCGGCUGAUAUUGUUGUCCGUACUACAUCAAUCAGUCUAUUUUAGCCAUAUUUUUCUCCAGGUGUUCCCACACCUUAAUACAGGAUUAUAUUUGCAUCAAAAGUGAGAAACAAGACGUUAUGUCGAAAAUAUUUCUAUUUCCAUUUUUUCGCCUCCUUCAUAUAUAUAAUAAAGGUAUCUGGAAUUAUUUUUGUUAAAU